CAUAAGGCAUCGUUUCCAGGCCUUUGACCAUUUUGCUUGCCCUCUUCUGGACACGUUCCAGCUUGUCAGUAUCCUUCUUGAACUGUGGUGCCCAGUUUCCUCUGCCAAAUUUGUAGCAGGCAGAGUUCUUACCCUAUUCCUGCGUGACUGUGAUAUGCUUUCACUGUUUUAAAUUCUGAAAUACAUAAUGUAACCUGCCCUGGGGCCACCUCCUGGCGAAGGAUGGAAAAUAAAUUAAAUUACCACCACCACCACCACCACCAUAUAAUAGUAAUAAAACAUCUCAAGCAGUGAGCAUAUCAUUCUGCUAGGUUUUUAAGCAGAGCUUUCAUUGACAAUGAAAGAAAAUGAGGAAGGCUUGGUUCAUAUUGAUCUCCUUGGGUAUAUUGGACCUCAAGACAUACUAGAUCAUGGGUAGGCAAACUAAGGUCCCGGGGCCGGAUCUGGCCUAAUCACCUUCUAAAUCUGACCAGCGGAUGGUGCGGGAAUCAGCAUGUUUUUACAUGAGUAGAAUGUGUGCUUUUAUUUAAAAUGCAUCUCUGGGUUAUUUGUGGGGCAUAGGAAUUCAUUCAUUAUUAUUUUUUCAAAAUAUAGUCCAAGCCCCCACAAGGUCUGAUGGACAGUGGACCGGCCCCCUGCUGAAAAGAUCUCAAGAAGUGGAAGAAUAAUAUCAGAGAAGGAAUAUCAGCUAAAUGCUAUGAGGAAGGAUCACCAUAAGUAUAUACGGGAAUGUUUGGCCCAGGCCAUAUUCCACAAGGUGCUUGAAAUGGAACGUCAUCACCAGGGUGAGCUAAAAAGAAAAAUUGAAACUUCUGCCAGAAAAGACCGUAUUCAGAGAGCUAAGGUGGAACGAUCAAGAAGGGCAGUGGAAGAUGGAACUCACCUGCUUUCCCCACACCCACCCACUGGGCCAAGAAAUCGCUUGGGGCGCCGCAGAUUUGGCAACAGAGGAUACUUAGGUCAACUGGCUACCUAUCCUCGACCAAGCACUGCGCCAGGGAGUAUACAGCAACCAGUCCGACUGCAGCCGCUUCUCAGCUGUGCCACAGAUGAACCUGCACCAAAGGCUGCUUCUAGACCAAAGCCCCUCGUCUUUGAGAAAGAACAACAAUAUGCCAGCGGGGGGGAGAAAGGGGUGCUGAAAUCUCUGGAUUAUUCAGCUGGAAUAUCCCCAUACCGACUUCCUGUCGUUAACAAUUUUGUGGUACCUACUCCACCACCUCCCAGAAGUGAUAAGAAAAGUGGGACACUGAGAGGCCGCCGUUUUCGCCCAACAACCGCACCCAAUGGCUUGGACCAAAUGAUGAAGGAGACAGUGAAGUUCUACAGGCCUCAAAUACAAAGCAAUGCGUCUGUUACCAUGAUCUAUUUGGGGAAAACAGUACACCUGUCCUAUGACCUUCUGGACAACCGAGAGGAAAUCAAAAUAUAUCAACAGCACUGUGGAGGUGAAAACCUGUGUGUGUUCAGAGACAAAGUACUGGAGGGAGAAACUUUUCAGUUUGUCUCCAAGCGGCAUUACGGCUUCCCCUUCAGCCUCACUUUUUACCUCAAUGGAAUGCAAGUGGACCGCUUAAGUACCUGCUGUGAAUAUAAACAUCGGAAGGGGACUCGGCUGGGAGGUAAACAUGGAUACUUUGGUCUCGUCAAUGUAGAACGAUCAGCUCCUUGCUACAGGUGUAUCAUCAAAUUGGGUCUGGACAAAAAGCCUUUCCCUCCCAAGAAAAAGACCACUGUUGCCGAUGAAGAAAAGAAAGAAGAUUCUGUGAAGGAAGAAUAUAGCUAUAAGCUACCAGGGAGUAGCAGCAGUGGAGAGGAAAGCAAAUAUUUAAGGUUUACUCCAGCUACCAAACAACAGAAAGAAUUUGUGGGAGAUGCUCAAGAAAUGCAAGAGGAGGCAAGAAAAAGAGCAUUAGCAAUAGAAAGAGCCCUUGGAUACGAUGAAGAUUUUGAAGCAGAUUUAGAGAAAUCAGUUUGGAAAGUUAAUGAAGAAGGACAGACUGGUGAUCAAAUGAAAAGAAUGUCAAAGUCACCCUCAGAUGAUGAAAAAGAUAAUUUAGACCAUGAAAAGGAGGAUAAAAAGUCAUCACUGAAAGCUCCGCGGGCCUCUGACAGUGAACGAGAUGAAAGUGAUGGAUACACCGGGAGUGACUUGGAGGAGGAGAAAAAACAAGGGAAAGGUAAAGCAGCUGACUGGGAAAUGGAUGCUGCUGCAAGAAAGAUCCAGUGUUUCUAUAGGAAGCACAAAAGUCGACGGCGAACUCUGGGUGUCAAAACAGGCAGGAAGGUUGCACGCUCCCUCUCCUCCAGCAGCGUGCCGUACAGCAGCGAAAACGACUCCGACCGCGAGACGAGAAAGCGAGGCGGCAAGCGAGAGGAGACCGACAGACAUUCAGGGUAUGAAAGUGAAACCGCAAAGACCCAAAGAGAGGAAGGCCAAGGAACAGACGUGGAGGAAGAGCCGGACAACAUAGCAGCCAGAGAUGUGCCAGUCACCUCUCACAAAGUCAGGAAGGCAAGACUUCAAGACACAAGUCCAGACAGUGAGGAAGGCAAGGUUGUAGGUUCGGUGCACAGGAGUUUGAGGGACGACAGGGAGAAGGAUGUGUUCGAGCAUUCUGAACACAGCCAUCGAGCAAAGAGCAGAAGCAGAGGACCUUCUGAAGAUGAGGAUGAAGGUGAUGGCAAAUCCGUCAAAGAGAAAAUAGCUGAGGCCAUAGACCAUGAUCGACUUUUGAGUUCUGAACCUGAACCAAGUGAGUCCAGUACGGAGGAUGAGGAGGAGAGCAUAGCUAAGAAAGAUAAACAUAAAGAAGAUAAACAUAAAGUGCCAGAUGGAGCUUCCUUGGCAAAAGAAUCGAGAGUGUUUGAAUCACAGAAGGUUGCGGGGCAAGUGGAGCAUGUAAGACAGAUGGUGGGCAAGGAAAGAGCACUUGACGAAGAGGAGCUUGCCGAUGAGGAAGGCCCUGAAGAAGCAGCUUUGGGAGAAGAAUUGCGAGGCAAAGAUGUAAAAGCUCUUAAAACAAAGGAAAACAAAUUAUUGAAGGGAAGUGUGAAGGACAAAAUAUAUGUGAAAAUCCAACGGGAGGAUGGUUCUUUUGUGGAAGAAGAAGAAGAAGACAUGGCUCCGGGGUCAAAACUUGAUGGGGUAGUCUCCUCAGAUCAUGAAAAAGCAGCUGUUUCUGGAGCCCUAGUAUAUGGUGGCAAAGGUGUCAGACAAGGAGUUUCAUCUGAAAUGGAGGAAAUAGUCCAAGACAUUUCAGGCCUGCGGGGGGAUGAAACCAAAAAAACAUAUCUAGAAGUGAAAGAGAAGAAAAGAAUGUCUAGAGACAAAGGUUCAGCUCAACAGAAACUAGAACGUCGGGUGGGUGAACCCUUGUCAGAGACUGAGGCUGAGGGGGUCAUUUCAGGAGAAGAGAGUUCAGCAGUCAAGCGAAGCUCAGAAAGAAGGGCUGGAAGGAAAACAGAAGUGAGAGAGAAGAAAAGAAUAUCUAGAGAUGGAGUUUCAGCUCAAGAGGAACUAGAACCUUGGGAAGGUGAACCCUUGUCAGAGAUUGAGGCUGAGGGGGUCAUUUCAGGAGCAGAAGAUGAAGACACCACAGCCCAGCAAGCAAGAAUAAUACGAAAGGCAGAGAGGUCAGCAGUCAAGCAAAGUUCAGAAAGAAGGACUGGAAGGAAAACAGAAAUGAGAGAGAAGAAAAGAAUAUCUAGAGAUGAAGGUGCAGCUCAAGAGGAACUAGAACCUUGGGAGGGUGAACCCUUGUCAGAGUCUGAGGCUGAGGGGGUCAUUUCAGGAGUAGAAGAUGAAGACAUCACAGCCCAGGAAGCAAGAGCAAUACGAAAGGCAGAGAGGUCAGCGGUCAAGCGAAGUUCAGAAAGAAGGGCUGGAAGGAAAACAGAAAUGAGAGAGAAGAAAAGAAUAUCUAGAGAUGGAGUUUCAGCUCAAGAGGAACUAGAACCUUGGGAAGGUGAAACCUUGUCAGAGACUGAGGCUGAGGGGGUCAUUUCAGGAGCAGAAGAUGAAGACACCACACCACAGCAAGCAAGAGUAAUACGAAAGGCAGAGAGGUCAGCGGUCAAGCGAAGUUCAGAAAGAAGGGCUGGAAGGAAAACAGAAGUGAGAGAGAAGAAAAGAAUAUCUAGAGAUGGAGUUUCAGCUCAAGAGGAACUAGAACCUUGGGAAGGUGAACCCUUGUCAGAGUCUGAGGCUGAGGCUGAGGGGGUCAUUUCAGGAGCAGAAGAUGAAGACACCACAGCCCAGGAAGCAAGAGUAAUACAAAAGGCAGAGAGGUCAGCGGUCAAGCGAAGUUCAGAAAGAAGGGCUGGAAGGAAAACAGAAAUGAGAGAGAAGAAAAGAAUAUCUAGAGAUGAAGUUUCAGCUCAAGAGGAACUAGAACCUUGGGAAGAUGAACCCUUGUCAGAGGCUGAGGCUGAGGGGGUCAUUUCAGGAGCAGAAGAUGAAGACACCACAACCCACCAAGCAAGAGUAAUACGAAAGGCAGAGAGGUCAGCGGUCAAGCGAAGUUCAGAUAGAAGGGAUGGAAGGAAAACAGAAAUGAGAGAGAAGAAAAGAAUAUCUAGAGAUGAAGUUUCAGCUCAAGAGGAACUAGAACCUUGGGAAGGUGAACCCUUGUCAGAGUCUGAGGCUGAGGGGGUCAUUUCAGGAGCAGAAGAUGAAGACACCACAGCCCAGCAAGCAAGAGUAAUACGAAAGGCAGAGAGGUCAGCGGUCAAGCGAAGUUCAGAAAGAAGGGCUGGAAGGAAAACAGAAAUGAGAGAGAAGAAAAGAAUAUCUAGAGAUGGAGUUUCAGCUCAAGAGGAACUAGAACCUUGGGAAGGUGAACCCUUGUCAGAGAUUGAGGCUGAGGGGGUCAUUUCAGGAGCAGAAGAUGAAGACACCACACCACAGCAAGGAAGAAUAAUACGAAAGGCAGAGAGGUCAGCGGUCAAGCGAAGUUCAGAAAGAAGGGCUGGAAGGAAAACAGAAAUGAGAGAGAAGAAAAGAAUAUCUAGAGAUGAAGUUUCAGCUCAAGAGGAACUAGAACCUUGGGAAGGUGAACCCUUGUCAGAGUCUGAGGCUGAGGCUGAGGGGGUCAUUUCAGGAGCAGAAGAUGAAGACACCACAGCCCAGCAAGCAAGAGUAAUACGAAAGGCAGAGAGGUCAGCGGUCAAGCGAAGUUCAGAAAGAAGGGCUGGAAGGAAAACAGAAAUGAGAGAGAAGAAAAGAAUAUCUAGAGAUGAAGUUUCAGCUCAAGAGGAACUAGAACCUUGGGAAGGUGAACCCUUGUCAGAGUCUGAGGCUGAGGCUGAGGGGGUCAUUUCAGGAGCAGAAGAUGAAGACACCACAGCCCAGCAACCAAGAGUAAUACGAAAGGCAGAGAGGUCAGCGGUCAAGCGAAGUUCAGAAAGAAGGGCUGGAAGGAAAACAGAAAUGAGAGAGAAGAAAAGAAUAUCUAGAGAUGGAGUUUCAGCUCAAGAGGAACUAGAACCUUGGGAAGGUGAACCCUUGUCAGAGAUUGAGGCUGAGGGGGUCAUUUCAGGAGCAGAAGAUGAAGACACCACAGCCCAGCAACCAAGAGUAAUACGAAAGGCAGAGAGGUCAGCGGUCAAGCGAAGUUCAGAAAGAAGGGCUGGAAGGAAAACAGAAAUGAGAGAGAAGAAAAGAAUAUCUAGAGAUGAAGUUUCAGCUCAAGAGGAACUAGAACCUUGGGAAGGUGAAGCCUUGUCAGAGUCUGAGGCUGAGGCUGAAGGGGUCAUUUCAGGAGCAGAAGAUGAAGACACCACAGCCCAGCAAGCAAGAGUAAUACGAAAGGCAGAGAGGUCAGCGGUCAAGCGAAGUUCAGAAAGAAGGGCUGGAAGGAAAACAGAAAUGAGAGAGAAGAAAAGAAUAUCUAGAGAUGAAGUUUCAGCUCAAGAGGAACUAGAACCUUGGGAAGGUGAACCCUUGUCAGAGAUUGAGGCUGAGGGGGUCAUUUCAGGAGCAGAAGAUGAAGACACCACACCACAGCAACCAAGAAUAAUACGAAAGGCAGAGAGGUCAGCGGUCAAGCGAAGUUCAGAAAGAAGGGCUGGAAGGAAAACAGAAAUGAGAGAGAAGAAAAGAAUAUCUAGAGAUGAAGUUUCAGCUCAAGAGGAACUAGAACCUUGGGAUGGCGAACCCUUGUCAGAGAUUGAGGCUGAGGGGGUAAUUUCAGGAGCAGAAGAUGAAGACACCACAGCCCAGCAACCAAGAGUAAUACGAAAGGCAGAGAGGUCAGCGGUCCAGCGAAGUUCAGAAAGAAGGGCUGGAAGGAAAACAGAAAUGAGAGAGAAGAAAAGAAUAUCUAGAGAUGAAGUUUCAGCUCAAGAGGAACUAGAACCUUGGGAAGGUGAACCCUUGUCAGAGAUUGAGGCUGAGGGGGUCAUUUCAGGAGCAGAAGAUGAAGACACCACACCACAGCAAGGAAGAAUAAUACGAAAGGCAGAGAGGUCAGCGGUCAAGCGAAGUUCAGAAAGAAGGGCUGGAAGGAAAACAGAAAUGAGAGAGAAGAAAAGAAUAUCUAGAGAUGAAGUUUCAGCUCAAGAGGAACUAGAACCUUGGGAAGGCGAACCCUUGUCAGAGAUUGAGGCUGAGGGGGUCAUUUCAGGAGCAGAAGAUGAAGACACCACAGCCCAGCAACCAAGAGUAAUACGAAAGGCAGAGAGGUCAGCGGUCAAGCGAAGUUCAGAAAGAAGGGCUGGAAGGAAAACAGAAAUGAGAGAGAAGAAAAGAAUAUCUAGAGAUGGAGUUUCAGCUCAAGUGGAACUAGAACCUUGGGAAGGUGAACCCUUGUCAGAGAUUGAGGCUGAGGGGGUCAUUUCAGGAGCAGAAGAUGAAGACACCACACCACAGCAAGGAAGAAUAAUACGAAAGGCAGAGAGGUCAGCGGUCAAGCGAAGUUCAGAAAGAAGGGCUGGAAGGAAAACAGAAAUGAGAGUGAAGAAAAGAAUAUCUAGAGAUGAAGUUUCAGCUCAAGAGGAACUAGAACCUUGGGAAGGCGAACCCUUGUCAGAGAUUGAGGCUGAGGGGGUCAUUUCAGGAGCAGAAGAUGAAGAUACCACACCACAGCAAGCAAGAAUAAUACGAAAGGCAGAGAGGUCAGCGGUCAAGCGAAGUUCAGAAAGAAGGGCUGGAAGGAAAACACACUUAGAAGUGAGAGAGAAGAAAAAAAUAUCUAGAGACAAAGGUUCAGCUGGACAGAAACUGGAAUCCGAGGUGGGCGAACCCUUGUUGGACACUGAGACUGAGGGGGUCAUUUCUGGAGCAGAAGAUGAAGAUAUGACAGCCCAGCAAGCAAGAGUAAUACGAAAGGCAGAGAGGUCAGGAGUCAAGCCACGUUCAGAAAGGAGGGCUGGAAGAAGAGCAACAGUCAAAGGUGUGGUGGCAAGUGCAGAAGGUGCAGUGGAGGAAGGGGAUCUAAUUGAAGAGGAGGGUGAGGAAGUUGAAGAGGGAGGGAGAGAAGUGAGGCCUGGAUCUGGAGUGGCAGCACCUAAGCAGAAACAGAGAGGAGGAAGAAGGAAGACAGAGGCAGAAGGAGAAGUGGAUUUUGAAGAGGCAAAGGCAGGGAGAAAGGUGGCAAUUAGGAGGACAGAGGCUGAAGUUUCAGGGAAAGAGAGAGAAAGGGGGUCUCGGUCCAUGGCACAUGAGAAGGAAAUAGCCCAUGGAAUGGCCAUCACAGCAAUCCCAAGGGUAGCUGGCGUGACAGAGGCAACACACCUAUCCGAGCCAUUCACGCAAAAAGCUGCAUUAACAGAAGGAAGAAUGGGCAGUCAUGUCACCUUCCAAGAUGAAGUGGAAAAAACACCAAAAGAGACUGUGGCCGGGAAAAUGUCACCUGACCUGGGGGUGCAGAUAGAAGAUGCAAGUGAAGAAGUAGAGAAGGAAGAGGAGGCAUAUCCAACGAUAACACUGAGAGAUGUGGAGGAAGCUCUGUUGGUAGGGAUGCAGAAGUUGAUAGAACAAGUAUCGCUUAUGAAUGUGGAGCAGGUGGAAGAAGAGCCUGAAGUACUUGAGGGGGAUGUUUCAGUAGAAGAGGCUCGAAUGCUGUCUCACAAGGAGGAGGCUGGGAGGAAAGAAGUUUUUGGAGCUGUAGUAAAAAGAAAAACAUGGGGUGCUCAGAGCGACAAUGCCAAGGAAGCAGGUACUGAAGAGCCUGUGGAGGAAAAAUAUAGAAACGAACAGGGGAGAACAGGAGAGGAAGAGUCUCUGGAAGUAAAUCUGCCAGUGAAAGAAACUGUUCCCAGCAAUGCACAACAGCCUGAAAGAGAGCUGCCAGCAAACUUCACUUUGCAAAUGAUCAGCCUAGAAUCUUCUCGAACAUUUCGAACAUCUGACUGAGAAGAAGGGGACUAUUGAUGAAGAAAACUCUGGGGUUUGGCAUUCCCAGUGUGUCAUCACUACAGUCCCAAGACAAGGUGGAACAAUGACUCACCCAACCAAGCAUUCUCUCCAAUUAUUCCACAGCUUACAUUUUCUCUUUUCCAUUAGUCAUAUUAUGAUUUAUGAUUAUUUAGCCAUUUUUCCACAAAUCACUCUAGGCUGGUGCUGGCUGGGAUGUCUGCCCUCCUUUUCCUUUCUUUUCCUUCACGAGUAGCACAAACAUCUGCCGCUUUUUAACCAGAACAGCUCCAGACUAGAGAAAUCUAGCCCAUUUCAGAAAUAGCACUCCUUUAUAAUUAUGAAAGUAAUAAUCAUGAGGCCUGUCCAACAGCUGCCACACAUUUCUUUUAAAAAAGCAGAAAAUUAUUAUGUUGCUGGGAACUUCACAAAAAUCAGCCAGUUAACUGUGGUGAUAGUGAGAGCCACAAUGAGGGCUUUAUGUAGAAUAAUAAAACACCUGAAAACA